AUCCACCUUUUGGCAUUUAACAAAGCUCAAUUCAAUGAAUAAGUACCUCUUGUGCAGAUUAAAAAAUAGGACGCUCGUGCAAAUUUGUGGAACAGACUCUUUCAGAUUUCUGCAAAGCUUGACGACCAACGAUUUAAAUAAAAUAAUAACGGAAAAGGAUUUUUCUUUAUAUAAAAAUGUCCCCAAAAAUGUGUUAUCCUGCCUGGAUGAUACAAGUGCGUAUCAACUGUGUGGCCAUAAUGUAAAAUACAAAAAAUGGACCAAGGGAUUGCCUUCCCUAUUUUUGCAAAACAAUGGCAAAAUAUUGGCUGACUGCUUUUUAUACAGUGUGAAAUAUACCCAUGAGGAGAAUUCCUUUAGCCUCUUUUACAUGGACUGCAAUGUGAAAGCGUCCAGAAUGUUGCUCAGCAUAUUGGAAAAGCGAAAACUCUCAUGUGAUGUUCACUUUAGCGAGAUGGCCAACAUCGCGGUUUAUCAGCUCCUGUCAGGUGCGUCCGUCCUCCGAGGGGGGACUUCCACAGCCGAAGUGGUGAGCAGCGGUGGAGAUAGCGCUACCCAACUGGAGGACGAACUUCCUGCUCUUUCCAAUAACCCAGGAAUAUUCCUCCUGUCCAAAGAUGCAAGAAAUGACCUCUUAGGAUACAGAAUAUACCAACUGAGGGAGAAGGGGAAAAAGCUGGUAGACGAAAAUGGAGACAAAGACGCAGGUAUAAUGGUAACAACAGACUUUGUAAAUUCCCCCCAUAGUAUAACACGCAACAGGAAUGAAAAGGAGGCCUGCGAAAUGCUUCUCAACUUCGAAAAGGAAGAAAAGGUAAACCUGCCCGCCACUUUCGCGUAUGACUAUAUGAAGCUAAAUUUAGGAGUCGUGGAAAAUUUGUAUUCAAACGAUCCGCUUUUUGGGGAGAGCACGGAGGGAGCCGCAAACGAUUCACAUGGUUCGUCUGCUUAUGGUGGGCCCAGUGCAUCCGUCGCAGCGAACAGCGCGAAGGGGAACAUCGACAGGGAGGCGUUCAAAUUUAAGGAUCUAUCCCCCUUCGACCUGAACUACGAUAAGCUGAACUAUUUGGCCAAAGACAAAGGCUGCUACGUAGGCCAAGAGGCAAUCAACAGAACGAGGAACGAAAUAUUUAUUAACAAGUACCAACUGACGAUGUGUGUAAACUACGACUACCUCGAAAUGUUCCUGGAGAGUUGCCACACUUUAAGCAAAGCUAUUUUGGCCGACUCGCUUUUUCACAAGUACGUAACACGAAUUAAUGAUAGGAGUUUAUUCAAGCCAACUUUUUUUUUGCUGAAAAAUGCGUCCAGAAGUUCGGAACGCGCCAUUAGCUAUGAACAGCAGUAUAGUGUAAUUGUCCAGAAGGGGUGCACAAAUGGUGGAGACUCCACAAAUGGUGGUGAUUCCGCAAAUGCUAGGGGCCAGGCAAAUCCUGGUGACCCCGCAAAUGGCACCACCGUGGGAAAUGUCUUUUUCUAUAACCAUGUGAUGGGGCUAUGUUUUCUAAUCAAGAAGCGGAUAGCACUUGCAAGUGGCGACAUUUACUCUGCUGCUUCCAAUGUGUAUAUUAAAAACAAAGUUGGUGAGGAGCUCCACCGAGUUUGUCUUUUCCCAUUUAAGUAUCACAGCAAGGCGUUUUAG